AUGGCUCGCAAUGUGACCCUCCAGUAUAUCUCCCAUGACUCAACCCGGCGCAAUAGAUUUAAGAAGCGCCUCAAGGGCCUGAUGAAGAAGGCGGACGAACUAGCCGUCCUGUGCGAUGCCAAGACCUGCGUACUGGUGUACGACGAGGGCAAGGUGGUGCCGGAGGUGUUCCCUUCCAAGGCCGAGGCGGUGGGUAUCCUGAAUCAAUUCAAAAUCACACCGGAGCUGGGGCGGUGCAAGGAGGUGAUGAACCAGAAGGGCUUCAUCACCAAGCGCAUUGACAAGCUUCGGGACCAGGUCGACAAGACCCGCCGCGAGUGCGAGGAUGGCGAGAUCAGGUCCCUCCUUCACAAAACCAUGCAUGGCGAUCUCUCGGGCCUCGUUGGCCUCAACAUCGAGGAGCUCACCAAAGUUGGCUACAAGGUGGACGUGCUUCUCAAGAGCAUUAUGGAACGCAUGGCAAAAAUCCAUUCCCAGGCGCCGCCGCCAGCUCCAUGUGUCACCACCGGCAGCAUAUACAUGGGGUCUCCCGCGUUGUAUAUGGCACCACCUCAGCAGGAGAGCCAGCUUGACAUGGUGAGCUCCGGAGGGGACCUCGACACUCUGGUCUACGGUGGCUACGCCAACACCAACUUCUCUAGCAGUGAUAUGAUGAUGCAAAUGCAUUCCUUUGAUAUGGGUUUCGGUUCAAGUCCUUUCCCUCCCAUGUAA